UCUGACCUAAUUUUUUUUUUUUUUUUUUCUUUUCCUUCUUCCUACCGCAAUCUAAAUGUCAAACUCAGGCAAUGCCUCAGCCGAGAUGGCUCUUGUUUUCAACCCCUCGGACAUGAAAUCGUCCAUCAUCUCGCUCAACAUGAACGGGAUCACAAAACUAACCUCCGCAAACUUCAUCACGUGGAGACUUCAAGUUCAAGCUCUACUUGAAGCGCAUGAACUUCAUGUCUUCAUAUCAGACACAGAUCAGACACCAGAGGAGACAGUCACCGAUGCAGAUGGAGCAGUCACACCCAACCCAACUGUAGCAGUAUGGAAGCGGCAAGAUCGUCUUCUGUACAGCUCUAUCCUUGGAACUCUCUCACUCAACGUUCAACCAGUUGUUGCUAGAGCAACCACAACUCGAGAGAUCUGGACACUACUACACAACACCUACGGGAAACCAUCAAGGGCACAUGUCAAACAAAUCAAACAAAGUUUGAAAAAGAGCAGUAAAGGAACACAAUCCAUAACAGAGUAUAUGCGCGGCGUCAUGGCCAAAGCCGACCAACUAGCACUACUUGGAGCGGCUCUCGACCAUGAAGAUCUACUCGACUACAUCAUAGAGGGACUCAGUGAAGACUACAAAGCCAUAGUUGAGAUGGUAAAUGGUCGUGAUGUUCCAAUUACUCUUGAGGAACUUCAUGAAAAGCUUCUGAUUCGAGAAAACUCUCUCACAACAACAGAAGAGAUCAAUGGCUCAUCAGUCCCAGUAACUGCAAACGCAGCUCAAACUCGUCAAUUCCAGCAACCUCAACAAACUCAACGACCACAAUACAGAGGACAAUCAUCAACUCGUGGAGGCUAUCAAGGUAGAGGUCGUGGCUACCUUGGUAAGUGUCAGAUAUGUGGGACACAAGGACACAGUGCACGCAGAUGUCCACACUACUCCUCUGCUUCUCCUCAACAUCAAAUUCAAUAUCGUCCAGGAGCACCACUACUGCAGACACCGCAAUGGCAUGCUUCUCCACAGAUGACUCAUCCGCAAUGGAACCCUCAGGCUCAUUACACAACUGCAAGCACGUCUGAUAUGUCUGUGUCUCCAUGGUUACUAGACAGUGGUGCCUCACAUCACAUUGCCUCAGACCUCCACAACAUGUCUCUCCACGCACCCUAUCAAGGAGGCGAUGACGUCAUGAUUGGCAAUGGAACCGGACUGCCUAUCACCCAUACUGGUUCAACUAAACUCCCUCUCUCUUCGCGCCCUUUAACACUCAAUAAUAUUCUUUGUGUUCCAUCAAUGAAGAGAAAUCUUAUCUCAGUCAAUAAACUCUGCAAGACUAACAAUGUCAUGGUUCAAAUGUGUCCUUAUGAAUUUCAGGUGAAGGACCUCAGAACGGGGGAAACACUGGUCAACGGCAAGGCCAGUAAAGGUGUCUACGAGUGGCCGACUGAAUCUUCCUCUGUUCUUAAUAAUGUUUUGGUGUUUUCUAGUUUUAAAACCUCGAGAUCGGGCUGGCACUCUCGUUUAGGCCACCCGAACUCUCAAACUCUUGGUCACAUGAUUUCUAGUUUUCAUUUACCAGUGUCGUCUUUAUCGUCUUUACCCUGCAACUCUUGUCAUAGCAAUAAAACACAUAAACUCCCAUUUUCAAACACCACACUCUCUUCGUCUCGCCCUCUUGAUAUUAUCUUUUCUGAUGUUUGGACGUCACCUAUUCACUCUAUUGAUGGCUAUAAAUACUUUGUGCUAUUUGUUGAUCAUUUCACAAGGUACACUUGGAUGUAUCCAAUGAAAACCAAGUCACAAGUCUCUCAAAUCUUUCCAGCGUUCAAGAUGCUAGUGGAGAAUCGUUUUAAAUCGAAAAUUACAACCCUAUACUCAGACAAUGGGGGCGAGUAUGUUGGCCUAAGGUCGUAUCUUGCUCAACACGGCAUAGCUCAUCACACGAGUCCACCGCAUACGCCAGAGCACAACGGAGUGUCUGAACGAAAGCACAGGCACAUUGUGGAGACAGGCCUCACUCUUCUCCAACACGCAGGCAUUCCAAACACAUACUGGAGCUACUCCUUUGCAGCAGCUGUAUAUCUCAUAAAUCGCAUGACAACUCCAGUACUGGCGAACUCAUCUCCAUUUCAAGCCUUGUUCCAGACACCACCAAACUACAGCAAACUCCGAACCUUUGGAUGUCUCUGCUACCCCUGGAUACGACCCUAUGGCACCAACAAAUUCACACCUCGCUCGACCCCCUGCGUCUUCAUGGGUUACUCUCUUACUCAAAGUGCUUUCCUAUGUCUUGAUGUCUCUAACUCUCGCGUUUUUGUUUCACGUCAUGUCAUUUUUCAUGAGUCCAUCUUUCCAUUUGCAUCUCUUUUAAAAGCCUCCACUGCAUCUGAUACUCUUAAUAUAUCUAACUCUUCAAAUUCAGCUUCUUUUGUUCCUAUAUUCAGUCAGUCAUCUGUAGUGCCUUUGGCGCCUACGGCGACAGUGUCAACUCCGGUCUCAGGAACUUCACCAACAACGACACCGGCAUCAUCAUCACCUCCUGAGACAACGUCAACAACAGCAACGGUCACUACCUCGACCUCACUACCUCAACCUUCAGCAACUACGACUGAGACAACCAACACUCACUCCAUGACAACACGGUCUAAGAACAACAUCACCAAACCAAACCAAAAGUAUGGUCUGGCGGCUAUACUUGCUGAACUAGAACCAGCCAAUCUUGCUCAAGCCCUGAAAGACAAACGAUGGAGAAUGUCCAUGAGCGACGAGUACAAUGCAAUAGUCAGGAACAGAACGUUUGAUCUUGUUCCACGAUCAAUGGCCACGAACAUUGUUGGCUGCAGAUGGCUUCAUCGCAUCAAAUACAACCCUGAUGGUACAGUCAAAGGCAACAAGUCGCGUCUCGUCGCAAAGGGCUUUCACCAACGACCGGGAAUCGACUUUCAUGAGACAUUCAGUCCUGUCAUUAAACAUGCCUCUAUACGUCUGGUCAUUGGACUAGCAGUAGCACAGAACUGGGCUCUCAAGCAGCUAGAUGUCAACAACGCAUUCCUCCAAGGGGAUCUCGAUGAAGAAGUCUAUAUGACCCAGCCGCCGGGAUUCAUUGAUAAGGACAAACCCGACCAUGUCUGUCGACUACGCAAGGCUAUCUACGGUCUAAAACAAGCUCCUAGAGCAUGGUAUAAUGCUCUCCGAGACGCACUCAUCAGUGUUGGAUUUGUCAACUCCAUGGCUGAUGCAUCACUAUUUGUGUUCAGCUCAGGCAGUCUGCUCAUGUACAUCCUAAUAUAUGUAGAUGACAUCAUUGUGACCGGUAACAGUCUACUGGAAAUCACCAAGUUCAUCAAAUACUUGUCAUCACGCUUCUCCCUUAAGGAUCUCGGUGAUCUAUCCUACUUCCUCGGCAUGGAGGCUCAUCGAACUACUUCAGGACUCCACCUCACACAAACCAAAUACAUCACUGAUCUUCUCGCUAAAACAAAGAUGACUGAAGCUAAAGCCGUCACCACUCCUAUGUGCUCUACGCAAGUGCUGACUCAGAAAGGUGGUGUCUCUCUCAGUGAUCCUCUAUCGUUCCGUGCAAUUGUUGGUAGCCUGCAGUAUCUCUGUCUUACAAGGCCUGACAUAGCCUUUGCAGUCAACAGAUUGUCUCAGUUCAUGCACCACCCUACAACACUCCACCUCGAAGCAGCAAAGCGCGUACUUCGAUACCUUGCGGGCACUGCAACAAAAGGACUAUUCUUCUCUCGCAACACGCCACUCACACUCCAUGCCUACUCAGACGCAGACUGGGCAGGAGAUCACGAUGACUACACGUCCACAGGAGCAUACAUUGUCUACCUUGGCAAGCAACCUAUCUCUUGGAGCUCCCGCAAAAUGAAAGGAGUUGCUCGCUCCAGCACAGAAGCCGAGUACAGAAGCCUUACUGGAGCAGCAGCAGAAGUCCUAUGGAUCACUCACCUCCUCCAAGAACUCCGGGUUCCCUUGAAGACCACACCAACUCUGUUUUGUGACAACAUAGGAGCAACCUACUUGGCAGCAAACCCGGUCUUCCACUCACGAAUGAAACAUCUAGCACUGGACUAUCACUUUGUUCGGGAGCUGGUACAACGCAAGUUUCUUCGUGUGUCACACAUCAGCACCACAGACCAACUCGCUGAUGCACUCACCAAACCUCUUCCGAGGGCACGGUUUCAUGAUCUAUUCGUCAAGAUUGGACUGUCUACGACUCGUCCAUCUUGAGGGGGCGUAUUAGUGUAUAUCCAUACUGAAGAUAAUGAUCAAAGAUAAUACGCUAGUACUUAUCUACAGAUUUGAUCUUAUCAAAGAUCUUGUAUACCAUGUAUAAAUAAGCUCUCACGUUAUCAAUAAUAUAUACAUUCAAACCUAUCUUACAUUCAGAUCAUUCGGAUAAACUCUUUGACAUCUUGUAUCAUUUUUCUUAAGAUGUAUCUAUUGGUAUGAUCUCAUGCUUUGUUUUUUUUGUAGUAUUCUGGAAUUUUUUGCAGAUGUGGCUCAAUGAUACACAAUUACACAUACUUAAGAAAAAAACUAGUGAUCAGUCAAACAACAAAAGAAGUUGGGUGGUUCAUGUGAACUUUGAUCUUUUUUUUAUAAAAAGUGAAAAAGUGAGGCUCGUUUUGAGAUAAAACGAGUCCAAAACCCUUUUUCUUUUUUUCAUUUGUGCGUCUGUUGGCCAUCGUCUCGUCAAGCCAGGGGAAUCUCGUGAACAAGACAACUCAAAAUGGUUAAUGCCAUCAAAGGAGUGUUCAUCACCUGCGAUAUUCCCAUGGCGCAGUUCAUAGUGAACAUGAACAACUCGAUGCCUUCCUCUCAGAAGUUCAUUAUUCAUGUUCUCGAUAGUACUCACUUGUUUGUCCAGCCUCAUGUUGAGCAGAUGAUCCGCAGCGCCGUUGCUGAGUUUCGUGAUCAAAACUCUUACGAGAAGCCUUCUUAAAACAAAUAUAAUACACUGCACCUAUCAAUCCAUCUAUCAAAAUGCCUUCUUUUUCUUUCUCUGUCAGAUUGAAUCAUCUUGUGCAAAGAUUAGAUUACUCAUGCUUGCUUAUAAUGGUGUGACAUUGUCAAAUAAUCAGUCUAUUUUCUCUGGGUAUGUUUUGAUUAGUUGGAGAUUCAUGUGGGAUACUCAUUUUUUACAAGUGGAAAGAUGGUUUUUGAUAUUGUU